CGUACAUGAAUGUUUUUUGUCAGCACUAGCUACAUGAAAAAUUAAAGCUGCAAAGAGCCUGAGAGCUAGCGACCUUCAAACGUGCAUGUCCUACUGAAUUUAAACAUCAUGUCCGUUUUAUAAAUGCGUCGAUCGACACACAAACAUCUUGUUGCCAAGAUAGCACUUCAGCCGCUUGUGCUGAAGAUAGGAAUCGUAGGUGGAUUUUUUAAAAAGGGCGUAACGUUAAUCGAGAACAAUCAGCUGUUGAAUUUGGAUUUAAAUUUGAAGUCAUGAAGUUUGCACAGUUUUUGCUGAAUAGCGCCAAGACAAACAUACCAAAAGAAGUCGAUAGAUUUUCGAAGUUCUCUCCUUCGCCGCUGUCAAUGAAACAGUUCCUUGAUUUUGGGUCCGCCAAUGCCUGUGAGAAAACUUCCUUCGUUUUUUUACGUCAGGAGCUGCCUGUCAGGUUGGCAAAUAUCAUGAAAGAGAUAGACUUCCUUCCUGACAAACUCCUUGGUACCCCAUCACUUCAGCUCCUGCAAAGCUGGUAUGCACAGUCUCUUAUGGAAUUAGUGGAUUUCCUGGAGAAAGAUCCGGAAGAUAAAAAGAUCCUGACAAAAUUUACAGAAACACUCAUCAACGUUCGGAAUCGACACAACAAUGUGAUUCCCACAAUGGCCCAGGGGGUUGUUGAGUACAAGGAGGCAUUUGGAGUGGACCCAGUGACCAAUCAGAAUGUCCAGUAUUUCCUCGAUCGCUUCUACAUGAGCCGCAUCUCAACACGGAUGCUCAUGAACCAACACACUCUUAUAUUUGAUGGAAGUACCAACCCUGCCCAUCCUAAACACAUUGGAAGUAUUGAUCCUAACUGUGACGUGGUGGGGGUUGUAAAAGAUGCCUUCGAAAGUGCCAAGAUGCUAUGUGACCAGUACUACCUGACAUCUCCUGAAGUGGAAAUCAAACAAGUCAACUCCAAAGACCCCGAGCUGCCUCUGCAUAUUGUUUAUGUCCCUUCCCAUCUAUAUCAUAUGUUAUUUGAACUCUUUAAGAAUGCAAUGAGGGCAACAGUGGAGGCACAUGAGUCUAGUCUGACUCUUCCAGAAAUAAAAGUACAGGUUUCACUGGGAAGUGAAGACCUGACAAUAAAGAUGUCGGACAGAGGUGGUGGGGUACCUUUGAGGAAAAUCGAGCGGCUUUUCAGUUACAUGUAUUCAACCGCUCCCAGCCCUGUGAUUGGCAAUGCUCGCAAUGCACCCCUGGCUGGCUUUGGUUACGGCCUUCCCAUUUCCCGCCUGUAUGCCAAGUAUUUCCAGGGGGAUCUGCAGCUGUAUUCCAUGGAGGGCUAUGGAACGGCAGCAGUCAUUUACCUGAAGGCCUUGUCCUCCGAGUCCGUGGAGCGGCUGCCCGUGUUCAACAAGUCAGCCUUAAGGCAUUACCAGACAAGCACCGAGGCUGACGACUGGUGCAUCCCCAGCAGCGACCCCAAGAAACUGGGGAAGUACGAGUACAGUGUUUAAGACUGAGGGAGACAUUGAGCAUGGAGGGAGGGACCUGAGUUCCCGUGUAUUAAGGCCAGUAGAUCGCACUCCUAACUGGGGGAAAAAACAUAAGUAAACAUUUCUCUGCUAUUCUCAGCACCCAUGUUGGAAAAAGCGGUUUCACAAACGGAAGCUUCACACCAUUUCUGUAUUGAGUAGCAACACAUUCAGCUAACAGGACUGAACGGAACCUUGGGAGGCAUCUCUCAUAACUGACUUCAUGAAUGUUGGUUUGUAAGAGGGCAUUUGCAAUUCCAGACUGAACUGCUAAUGUACAUUUUAAUUUUUAUAUUUUAGCUACACGUACUUCUUUAUACAUGUGUACAUACAUAUCCUUAUACAAGUAAUUUGGUCUUAGGGCACAGUAACAUUUCAGAUUUACAAACUGAGCUUUUCAGUUUUAUUUUUUCACAUCAUAAUAAAAAAGUAUUCCAUGAGGAUAGAGGCCUGGUAUUAGACACAAUAUGACACAGAUAAUAGUACUGGAUCCUGCUGAACUUCAUAUUGCCAUUUUUAAUGGGCUUCUCUGGUUCUAAAGCCUUAUAAGCUGUAAUAUGUGGCCUUUUCUCAAGUUUUAUUUUAGUUAGAGGGUUUUACUUAGUAAUUUACUAAUUACUAAUUAUCAACAAAAUAUGUAUACAUUUUAAUAAGAAAUAUCCACAUAUAAGCUAUUGAAAAAUAUUGUUCAAAAUGUGCAAUAAAUAACCACAUCCCACCUUUAACCACCAAGUUUUUAUUUAUUUUUUGUGCCUUGAAGAGUCUUGAUACCCAAUUUAAACAAAACAUUUUUAGAAAACAAUUUAGAAUGGUGGAUCACCUUAUGGUGAAAUUCACUAUUUGAUGCAAUGGUAAGGAAAUGUAGUGUUGUGCAAUAUUUUUUGUUUCAUUGAGGAUUGAAAAUAAAACCGAGAACUGGGUCUUUAACUUUCUGCAACCUCAGAUAUAUUGCAUUCAUUACUUACAUUCGAACAUUCAACUAUUGAGAGAUUUUAUGAAAUGUCCAUGGAGAUGGAGGUGCUAAUUUUAUCUUGCCAGCUUAAUUUCUUUACGUAACUACAGUGCAGUACAGUAUGUCCCGUUUUGAAUCUCCUAUUGACACUCCUGUGCUAAAUGUCCAACGCUGAACCUGCUUAGUGAUUUCAAAGUAUUUUAGGAAGUAUUGUUUUGUUGUCUAUCCAAAAAAGAGAUUCAGACUGCCAAAUUCAGCCUGCUAAUAAACACUUAGCACUUCAAGUAAUGCUUGCAUUUUGUUUUGCUCAAACCAUAUACCACUCAAAACAAUUACCACUGCAGUUAUUCAGCAGGUACACACCCAUAUACCUUACAGGCAAACUGAACUGUUUAACUGGCUUGUGGUAUUUAGAGGUGUGGGUAGGUCAGUUUAACACACCUCCACAAUUUAAUGAAAAAGUUAUAUUAAUUAUUAAUUAUACUGUGACAAAAAGCCACUGCCAUUAAGACCACUUAGCAUUUGCUCUUACAGUACUGUAUUAGUUUAAAAAAUUUUGUCUUUUCCGUCAGUUGUGUGGCCAAAUGUAAGAAUGAAGUAUGAUUCAUACAAUGCUGGUUGCAGUAAAUAUACCAGAGAAACCCAAUGAAAUGGUGUUGAAUGAACAGUAUCAACCAUGGUUGUGAUGUCUCCUAUCCUGCCAUUACACACACUGCUAAUCCAAGUACUGCCAUUUAAUAUUACUUGUUUUAUUGUAGUUAGCAAUAAUAAUUGUAUAAAAACAAGGUGUACACAUACUAACCUGUAAUUCCACAGUUUUGUUUUUAAUUAGGAGUAUUUUCACCAAUGGUUUGAGACUAAAAGACCUCCAUAACACUGUGAAGUGCCAACACAUUUUUUAAUUGUACAUGUCCGCGGUGGAUAGUGUUUAUUGUUUUCAAAUCCCUUUGAUCUCAGGACUAUGGCAUGCAUUCACCAUAUCAAUAUUGAUAAGGACAUUAUGAAGGUAGUCUUUUUAUGUGAACAAACUGUCUCUACAGUUGUAGCGGAUCAAUGAAUCCCUUUCACUUGUGAUUUAAAUACAAGUAAACGCCGGCAAUAACAAAGUCCCAUCUCUAGUGAACCAGGGGUCUACAGUGCUCCCAUUUUAGGAUAAUUUGCUGUGGGCUAAUUGGGAUGCAUUGGUGUGCUCCUAAAUUAUUUUGCCCUUUGAACUGCAUUCAGGAAAUGCCAGGGUCAGGGAGUGAUAUGAAAAGAAAAGUCUUUCCUUUAUCUUGCUUUAUCUUGUCAACACUGACCCUGCCUGUAUAUUUAAUGGAAACUCGGUUGUAUGAGUAUAGACUGUCGAAGCUAUUCAAGAUAAAUUUUUUUUUUUGUAUUUAUCUCGCACACUGGCCUCCCUGCUUUAUUUUGUCUAUGUGUGUUUGGAUUCUCCAUUUCUUCCUGACUUGUCUAAAAGUCUGCUUCUGUAUUGGCAGCUAUGUACCUUCCCAUAAAACCUGCAAUAAAGGGUAAACGGUUGCAAUAA